AUGGAACCAGUGGAGGAGAGUAAGGGCUCUCAGGCUGCGACCGUGCCUGCUCAAGGUGCUCCUCUCCCGGGGUCAAACCAGAGGCAGACUGCGGCUCCUCUGGAGGUGCAGAUGUGCCAGUCCAUUCUGCCCUGCCAUGCCGAUCACCAAGGGCUACUGAGCGCAGGGCAGCUGCUCAAAUGGAUGGACACCACCGCCUGUCUUGCCGCGGAGAGGCACGCUGGCAUUUCUUGCGUCACAGUCUCCAUGGACGACAUCCAGUUUGAGGAGACAGUCAGGGUGGGACAGGUCAUUAUAAUCAAGGCCAGAUGCAAUAGAGCCUUCACAACCAGCAUGGAGGUGGGGAUUCGUGUUUCGGUGGAGGACGUGUUGACCGGUGUACAGAAGACGGUGUGCGUGGGCUUCUCCACCUUUGUCGGGAAACCUGCGGGGUCCCAGAAGGUCAUCUUAAGACCUGUGGAACAUCUGUGUUCUGAAGAAGAACACUUGCAGCAUUCCCUGGCCUCAGAGAGACGAAGACUCCGCCUGUAUAACGACGAGGCCUUCAGCUCCCUGCUGCGAGAUUACCAAAUACUGCAGAGGUCCAACCUCGACCUCCGGGGGUCCAACGGUUUGCGCCUCAGGAAAGACACGCCUUCCCUGACCACAGAGAACACGCGUGUGGAGAGCACCGAACUGGUCCUGCCACCACACGCCAAUCACCAUGGCAACACGUUCGGAGGACAGAUCAUGGCUUGGAUGGAAAACACAGCGACAGUGGCAGCCUGUCGUCUGUGGGGUUGUUACCCGACCUUGCGUUCAGUUGACAUGUUCAGAUUCAGAGGGCCCUCCUCUGUGGGAGACAGGCUGGUCUUCAAGGCUCUGGUCAACAAUAUCUUUCAGAACAGUGUAGAAGUAGGUGUUCGUGUCGAGGCCUACAACUGUCAAGAGUGGACUGAGGGAAAACCUCGGCACAUCAACAGUGCCUUUCUCAUCUACCAGCAGGCCAGCACGCCUGAUGAAAGCCCCGCUUCUCCCACAGCCACAUACACGACACAGGAUGGGGAGAGAAGAUAUCUGGCUGCGAUUGUGAGGAAACGAAUACGACUGGCAAGAAAGCACAUCUUGUCCUGUAAGGAGGAGGGUCCUCUCUCUGUUCCUUGGGACAAAAGCAACCAGGUGUACCUGGGCUAUAACAACAUAGCAGCUCUGACUGUGCUGGCUGGGAAACAAGACUGGGAGGCCAGCAGCCUUCACAACAGGAUCAGCGUGUACGUCCACGAGGAGAUCGAGCUACUGUGCCUGCGAGUUCAGAUGGAGGUCACCACCUCUGCACUCCAUGCCUUCACCUUAUUGGCUGACCCCUGCCUGCGACCCCGAUGGGACAGACACUACCUGAGCUGUAAGGAGGUGGAGAGGGCCGAGGAGGAGGAGGAGGCGGUGUACCACAUCACGUGCUCCCCUGACAACGGAGACAGGAUCCAAGACUUUGUGAUCCUGCUCUCCAAGAGGAAGCCCUGCAAAGACGGGGACCCUUACAUGAUAGCCGAGAGGUCCGUCACCGUGACGACGGUGCCACCCCAAAAGGGCUUUCGCCGUGGCGAGAUCCAGUGCGUCGGGUUCCUCAUCCACGCCCUGGGACCUAACUCCUGCCGGGUGUGUUAUUAUAGCCAGGUGACCUCCAGUAUGCUGCCCUAUGUGGCGGGGGACCUAGCUGGCUGGUCCAAGUCUAUGGAGGAGACGGCUCAUGCCUGCAUUGGCUUCCUGGAAAGAGAUAUAUUCACUACGAUCUUCUAACACUCCAAGGUGUUGUGCCACCGGCCUGCUCUACACGGCAUCUGGUCCUUGUAGUCUUUUCCGCAUCAUCACAAUGGAUUCUACAGGAUUCUCAAGUCACCGUGGCGAUGCACUGAAUAGAAAACAAGACCGAGUCAGUGUGUGCUGUCUUCGAAUCCCAUGACUGUUUGUUGAUUUGUUUGUCUUUGCCAUAUAUUUAUGCUCUUUUCGUAAAACCAUGUUAAAACAGUCAAUUAUGUCUACUUUAAAGGCAAAGUAGAUAAGCUUAGCAAAACUAGCCAUUUUGGCUCAAAUUUAAGUAUCAAUUUCAAUCCCACUCCCCAGUAGCCUGGCCAAUGCUGUCGGUCCAAACGCAAUGAUUGGUCGUGUUUAUUAGUA